AACAAAAAUGCUGUUUUUGACCGAAAUUGAAGAUAAUUGUGUAAAAUGGGCCUAUAUUUGAGGAUAACCAUUGUUAACGAAUAGUUGUUUUAGCUGCAUGUGUUCUUUAUCAUAUGUUAGAGUGUGAUUUAAUGGAGAAAAUGAGUAGUCCAGAUGAUCCCUCAAGUACCCAGGAGCAGGAGAGCCUGUUAGAUUCUACGACUCAGUAUGAAUCACCCAUUGAAGACAAGUUUGUGGAUAAAGAGAGGGCAGUCAAUCUUCUACAGGGAUUUUCCAAACUAUACCAAGAAAAAGAGUUUGUUGAUGUGACACUCUGUGUAGAUGAAGCAGAAUUCCCAUGUCAUAAAAAUGUUCUUGCUAUAUCAAGUCCCUUCUUCAUGGCCAUGUUUUCAACAAAUAUGGCAGAAAGCCAGCAAAACAAAAUCACAUUGAAGGAGCUGGAUCCAUUGACAAUGGGUUUAGUCCUAGACUAUAUAUACACUGGCCAGGUCAAGCUUUCAGAAGAAACAGUACAACAUCUACUGUCAGCAUCGAACAGAUUUCAGUUACUUUCACUGAGAAGUGGCUGUGCAGAGUUUAUGAUGAAUCACAUCACUGUUUCAAACUGUAUUGGUGUUUACUUCUUUGCAAAAGCUCACGAAUGCACUGACUUGGCCACAAAAGCCAAAGAAAUUGUUAACAACCAAUUUGCUGUUCUGUGUAAACAACAGGAAUUUCUGUCCUUACCCUCAGACAAAUUAGUGGAGAUUAUAAGCGAUGAUGACAUUAAUGUAACCAAUGAGGAGACGGUUUAUGAAGCCUGCAUGGAAUGGUUGUUGACGGACAGAGACAACAGAAUGGAACAUCUAAUGGAAAUAAUGAAUUGUGUAAGAUUUGCAAACAUUAGCUCUUAUUACUUUUGUGAUAGAAUUGACAGGUGCAAAACACUGAAAGAUUGUGAAUCUCUGAGAAAAAUUCUGGACACUGUGAGAUAUUUUCACAUGCUACGCAACAGACAACACGAAAUGGACCUGAAUCUCAUGCCUCGGAGAGGAAUGGUGUACGAGACGGGAGUGAUGAUCAUUGCCAAUCCCUACACAGAGGAACAAAUGAAGAAGUUCAACAGCAUGGAGAUGCUUUUACCUAAAACUGGAGAAGUCAUUACCAUUUGUAAAUUACCACAGAGUUUAUAUACCCCAGGGUGCGCCAUUACUGGGGAUAACCAGAUUUACUUGGCGGGGGGAUCGAUUCGGAAGCUGAACUACCGAGGAUCAGUGACCACUGAAGGCGUGUCCAGUAACUUCUAUGUCUUUGAUCAGAUAGAGAAGAGCUGGACACCAAAAGCCAAAAUGCACAUGUCCAGAUCACAGUUUUCUUUAGUUAUAGUUGAUGGGUAUGCCUUUGCAAUUGGUGGACAGGACGGAUCAGAAAUUCUGAGUACAGUUGAGCGUUAUGACCCCCACACUAACGCCUGGAUACUGGUGGCUCCUCUAGCAAUUCCUCUGAGGUUUAUGACCAGCAUAAGUUACAGAGGCAAACUCUAUGUGUUUGGUGGGGAGACCACUGACAAAAUCAGUAGAACAGCAUAUAGGUAUGAUCCAGCUGAUGAUACCUGGGUAGAGUUACCUCCCAUGUCUACAGCUAGAGUGUUGGCUGGCUGUGUGGUUCACAAAGACAAGAUUUAUGUCAUUGGAGGAAAUUCAGAACUCAGUGACAAAUGGAAGAAGGAGUUUCUCCCUGAGCACUGUGUAAGUUCAGUAGAGGUGUUUGAUCCAGCCACAGAUACAUGGAGUGAGGGACCGGAGCUUCCUAAUGCCCUGUGUGGUGCAGGAAUAGUGAAAUACAGCAAUACAAUUUUAAUUGUGGGAGGGGAGGAUGACAAGAGUUGGAUGGCCGGGCUGUGUUGGUUAAAGGAGGAAAACGGCAAACAGACGUGGGUGGAGGGACAGGAACUACCCACAGUGAUGAGCACCUUUGGUUGUGUUGUGGCCAAUAUACAGCAUGAUGUGUACAAACAGCAAACAUAGGUUUACAAGGGUGGG